AUGUACGUUUAUUCAAUAUCAGUAUUUAAAGUUGUUAGAGGAAGUAAACCGGUACUCUUAACGAUUGUAUAUGAAGUAUCGUCAUUUGGAUUCUUCCAAAGAGGGUCGGUCAAGGAAGUAGCCCUCUUUGUGUUGAGAGAGACUGUCGAGCGUACCAACAUUGGUGAACGUGUCAGCAUGGAGCACGAGCAGAGCAAGAAGGUGUGUCAUGCAACCGCCGACAGCAAGGGAUUGGCUUGUGCAGUAUUGACAGACUCUGAAUACCCAGGUGUAGUUGCACACAAGUUGGUUCGUCUGGUGUUGGAGCAAUUCCACCAAACCUUUUCAGAGAGCAGUUGGAAAUCGAUCAGUGCCGACACUGAACUACAGUUACCUUCACUCCCACAACUCAUUGCCACCUAUCAAGACCCACACAAGGCUGAUCCAAUGCUCGGUCUCCAAAAGAACUUGGAAGAAACCAUUACCAUUGUCAAAAAGACCGUUCAACAAUUGGGUGAGCGUGGAGAAAAGUUGGAAGACAUUGCCAUGAAGAGUGAUGAUUUAUCUUUCCAAUCAAAGGCAUUCAUGCAAAAUGCUGAAAGAAUGAACAAAUGUUGUGGUUACCUUUAA